UGUACAGCCAUCAGAACACUACAUUAACUUAUUUCUUUUUCGCGAUCUGCGAAUACAAGGUUGAAUUAGAAAUCUCACGUGCUCAAUAAACUUUACAUGGACGCUGUUCCUCCAUCGUGCAGUCGUGCACUUGCCCCGCGUGAUUCACUCACCGCUCAUUUCCUGGAUUCGUGAUUUCACAGUGUAUCAACUUGCAAACCUCGAUGUCUCCUCCACAGCACGCUGUCAUGUGUGUAUGAUGUGUCGGCAGAAAGCAGCACAGAGUUUCCUGACAGGCUGUCUUUAAUGGAGGUACGCCUCCAAGCACAGGAAGAUGAAAUAAUGCUACUGAAGUCCUCAUUGGCUGAUGCCUUACGCAAGCUUCGCCUUCAUGACCAACAGAUACCCCUGCUUAAACAGCAGCUGAUUGCUGUGAACCCUACUGCCGCUCGAGUGUUAAAUCAGCCCUAUUAUGUGGAUGGAUUCUCUAAACCUUGCAGACUGUCUACAAGCUCUCUUGAUGGACUUCACCACCCACCCAACAGCCAUAUCUCAAACACAGCUGAAAAUGGGGAGGGCGGGGCUAACACCAUUUCCAGCCACAAUCUGAGCACUAGUGACAGGUGUACACAGACCGAUCUAUGGAUCCCAAAUCACAAGACUGUCCCGCUGGCCCUGACGCAGGGCAUCCAGAGUCUCUCUCUGGAGGAUGCUUUACCUGAAGGCGCCCCCUUCACAGAAAACACCUUGACCAAGCUCCGUGGAGAGGACGAAGUCAUUGAUGAAGAUGAGAGAGACAAGGACCACACCUGGAGCUCUGAAGUAGAAGACAGCAUCCAGCCCACCACGAUCAGGACCCUCCAGCAGCAACAGAGCAAAGGCAGCGAGGACAGCCAGGGUUCAUGCCCUCAAACCCCAACGUCCUCCUCUCCGGCACCCCCGAAAGAGCCAACCUCUAGCCCACAUGGAGGACCCCUCUUGCGCAUGCAGGAGGGAGAGAAAGCAAUGGUCAGGAGGAACAGUGAGAAACUAAGUAAAGACCCCCAAGACAAGAACAAACAGCGGCUUUCUAAGAAAGCAGCCUCCUCUACAAACUUACUUGCUCGAUCUCCAAGUCUUGAGAGCCGAGCAAAAGAUCUUAUAUCCAGUACAGGAUCUCAGGGGGCCAGGAGAGGAACCCAAAGUCAAUCAAUCAAGAUGUUUAUACGCGGGCGACCAAUCACCAUGUACAUUCCAUCAAACAUUCUUAACUACGAGGAGCUGAAAAUGGAUCUUCCCUCACAGAGACUGGAUCUGGACUGGGUCUAUGGUUACCGGGGGCGAGACUGUCGUGCUAAUCUUUAUCUGUUGCCGUCUGGGGAAGCUGUGUAUUUUAUUGCAUGUGUGGUGGUUCUGUAUCACAUAGGCAAACGAACGCAACGACAUUAUCGCAAACACACAGACUGCGUACGAUGUCUUGCCAUUCAUCCAGACAAGGUGCGUGUAGCAUCGGGACAGACGGCUGGGGUAGACAAAGAUGGCAAGCCUCUUCAGCCAUUUGUGCACAUCUGGGACUCCAAAACGCUAGUGACACUGCAGCAGAUUGGCCUUGGCACAUUCGAGCGAGGUGUUGGAGCCGUAGCAUUUUCCAAUUCAGAUGCAGGUACAUUUCUGUGUGUGAUCGAUGACUCCAAUGAACACAUGCUUUCUGUGUGGGACUGGAAUAAGAACACAAAGCAUUAUGAGGUCAAGAGCACUAAUGAGGGAGUCUUGGCUGUGGAGUUCAACCCUACAGACACCAACAUCAUCAUCACCUGUGGCAAGUCCCAUGUGUACUUCUGGACCAUGAGUGCUGGGACUCUGACCAAGAAACAGGGCAUCUUUGGAAAAUACAAAAAGCCCAAGUUCGUUCUGUGCUUCGUGUUCAGUCUCACGGGCGAUGUGUUGACGGGAGACUCGGAGGGCAACAUUCUCACAUGGGGAAAAUCAGCUGCUGACAUCAAAACAUUAGGAAAAGGAGCAAAGGAAACAUUUCAGAUCAUGAAGCAGACGCGCGCUCACGAGGGCAGUGUUUUUACAAUGUGUGUCCUGCAGGGCGGCGCUAUACUCAGCGGUGGUGGCAAGGACCGCAAGAUCAUCCGCUGGAGCGCAGAUCUGGCACCUGAAAGAGAGUGUGAGAUUCCAGAGAAAUUUGGGGCAGUUCGCACUAUUGCUGAUGUAGAUGGUGAGGAAUUUCUUGUUGGUACAACACGAAACGCAAUCCUGAGAGGAACAUUUUCAGACGGAUUUGUAGCUAUUGUACAGGGACAUGUGGAUGAAAUGUGGGGUCUGGCCACUCACCCAUCUCAGAACAUCUUUCUCACCUGUGGAAACGAUCGUCAAGUAUAUGUGUGGAAUGCAGAGGACCACAAACUGGACUGGUGCACUACACUAGAGGAGUCUGGUCUGUGCGCUGAUUUCUGUCCCAAUGGUGCUGUUGUCUCUGUUGGAUUAAGUACUGGAAGAUGGGUUGUACUGGAUCUGCAAACCAAAGAAGUGGUAUCAGACUUGACUGAUGGCAAUGAGCAGUUAUCCGUAAUGAGAUACUCACCAGAUGGCUGCUUUUUGGCAGUUGGUUCCCAUGACAACCUCAUCUACAUUUACAACGUCACAGAGGGAGGCCGGCGCUACACACGAUUUGGAAAGUGCACAGGACACUCCAGUUUCAUUACUCACCUUGAUUGGUCCAAAGAUGGAAAAUACAUCAUGUCCAACUCUGGCGAUUAUGAAAUUCUUUACUGGGAUGUCGCAGGUGGCUGCAAGCUUUUGAGGAACCGGUUUGAGAGUAAAGAUCGAGAGUGGGCAUCCUAUACCUGUGUGCUCGGCUUCCAUGUCAUGGGUGUGUGGCUUGAAGGGUCAGAUGGGACAGACAUCAAUGCCUUGUGUCGCUCUCACAGUGAGAGCAUAGUGGCAGUGGCUGAUGACUUCUGUAAAGUUCAUCUGUUCCAGUAUCCCUGUCCCAAACCAAAGGCACCAAGUUAUAAGUAUGAGGGCCAUGGCAGUCAUGUGACCAAUGUACGCUUUACGCUUAAUGACAGUCAUCUUGUGUCAUUGGGUGGGAAAGACACCUGCAUCCUCCAGUGGCGAGUUAAAAGGGGGGGGACUGGAGACAAUAAGGAACAUGUGCCCUCUUCCUCUCCGGUCUGCUCUUCCUCUGUCUCUUCACAAAAUGGAACAUAGACACAACGUGAAUCAAGAACCAUAAAGAGAGAGAACGAGAAAUGCAUAAAGAUAUUCUAAGAGAUGAAACUAGGAUGAAACAUCUUAAUGCUCAGUCUGUUGUGACAUAAAGCAUUUGGAAGGUUCUGCCAGCUUUUGUGAAAUAUGUCACAGCGUUCUUUUACCAUUGAGAAGUAAGAACUAAUGCAGAGCUAUUCACUACCUACAUUUCGGUGUAAACUUAUGUUACAAUUUACCACAUGUUGCUGUGUUGUGACUUUACAAACAACUACAACAAAAAUAUGUUUUGUGUGUCAGAUAUUUGGGUGAAUCUUACAUGUCAUUGUUCACCCCAAAACAAAUAUAUCAAAUAAGAAAUUAUAUUUUUCAAUACAGCCGCAAGCAGUGAUUAUUGGGGUCCAAGCAUGAGUGGAGAACAUGUACUCCAAAAUAACCAAAUUUGAGAGAAAAAAAUCCUGUGGAUACAGUUGUUUUGGUGAAGACUUUCUUCUUAUGAAGUCGAUAUUUUGGGUCUAUUAGUAUUUUUUUAUUAUUAUUAUUUUAAUUACAUUUAAGCACAUUUUCCCUUCAAAUUCCUGUACUGUGGGGAAAAAAAUUAAGUACUGCAAUACAGUAAUGAAAAUCAUCCUGUUCAGUCAAUAGUUUUUUUUUUUGUUGUUUUUUUUAUUGAAAUCAGCUUCAAUUAAAUUCAUUAAAACAAAUACUGCCAUGCAUGCUUACAAUAUCACUUUUAAAAUGUACUUUACAAUUUAGGUAGUACAUUUUUUCGCAUUACGGUAGGCUGCUGAGAAUUGAGUUGAUGUGGUGGUCAUUAAUUGUCAUGAAAAUAAUGUCACAUUGCAAGAAUUCUUAAUGGUCCUAAACGAGGCUUCAUUUUCUUUAUGCAAAAUAUAAUUUCUUAUUUCUUUGAAUUUUAAAGGGGAAAUAUGAACCAGACAUUUCCUGAAAGAUUCACCCAUUUCUUUUAACAAAUUGCCGGUUACUUUAAAAUAUUUGUACAUUUUGUCUCAGAGGUUAGAUUAUGUUGUUCUGUAAUUUCAAAGCAUCAUGAGAAUGUUUUGAGAUAAUACAUUUAUCAAGCUUUUCUAAAUGCACUGAGGUUACGUCAUUGAGAUUGGGCUUUUUACUGCAGAUUUUAAACCCUUCCUCGUGUUUACUUUUCAUCUACUAUGUUCUUUCUGGCCAUUAAAUACUACAUGCAUAAAUAUGUCAUUAAUGAUAUUAUAAAGUAUAAGUCAUUUGUCUCUGUGAAGCAUGCUGUUAUGCUCAGUAGGAAAAUCAGUGCUUUAAUUUCUGUUAGGAAUGUGACUAAUGUCCUUUUUUAUGGAUCAAAUCAACACUUCACAGUUUAAACAAUGUGAAAUUGUGUGUUAUUGUUUCAUCAAUAAAUAUGUCUUGAAGUAAGCAUGUUUUUGUCU